AUGGACGCUCACAGAAAAGCAGUAGAGAAAGAGGUCUACCACCUUUUAAGGUUGGUGGUACGAUCCUUUUACCCGCACCAGUGCGUGCUUAUAGUGGAGGCUCUCAUUUUCCAUUCUGUUCUCUACGAAGAUGAUCUGCUUAAGCUUACUUGCAUGCACAAAAAGGUAUUUCGGUCAUUUUGCAAUCGACUCGUAGAAGAUCGUCUUAUUAUUGCUUAUACACAAAAGGAGGAAGCGGCAAACCAAACUGGAGGGUAUUACUCUCAGUAUUACAACAACCGAAACAGCGAAUUAAGUUCGAAUCCUAAUGGACCGAAUGGUACCAGUGCCACAAACCAACAGCAGAAUUAUAGAUGGAUGUCUAGAACUUACUAUUAUGUUCAUUAUUUGGAAGCUAUUGAUUCGAUCAAGUGGAAGAUUCAUUGCCUUGUUAAGCAGGUUAAGGACGAUAUAGGUCAGUUUAAUGAUCCUCAGGGAUACGUGUGUCCUACAUGCCAUGCCAAAUACUCUUUAUUGGACGUUCCAUCUUUACUUAGUGAGGAUAGAAUGUGCUUUGAGUGCAGUGUCUGUGGAGAUACAUUGAUUGAGGAUGAUUCUGGAUUGGAGGCGCAGAAGGGUCAGGAGAAGUUAGAGAGAUUGAUGGGGCAAUUAGAGCCUAUCAUUGAAUCAUUGAAGAAGAUUGACUCGAUGAAAGUUGAGGACAAUAACUUUGAGAGUUCUCUUAUUAAAGCAGUACCUGCCACGUCUACAUCCAUUGCCUUGUACACGAUUUCUAACCGCAUUAAUACGAGAAGAAAGAAGGGAGCCAACGAUAAAGAUACGGAAGAUGCUGCCAGAAGGUCGCAAGCCACAGUUCACGUGUCUAUUACGGCUGACGAUGAAGAGUUGGUUAGAGCAAGACGGAAAAGAGAGCAGAGAAAUGUUAAGUUACGGCAGAAUGCGAUGCCUUCGUGGCAUAGAGAGAGUGCUGUGGGUCAGGGAAGUUUGGGAGUUAAUAGAGAGGAGUCUGCUAAUUCUGUGGAGUUUACAGCUGCUGAACAGGUUGUUGAGAAACUGGACUCAUCCAUUGGGGUCAAUGGAGGAAAUGAAGCGGCUGAUGAGGUUAACGCAACUGACAAGGCCAAUGAUGUCAAUGAGGCCAAUAGGGACAAAGAUGUCAAGAUGGAACACUCGGAAGAGAUAAAGCCAUCACUACAAGCUUUGGAAUCUCCACAACUUACAGGGACGCCACAGCCUGUAGAGACACCAACCAGUGUUGAUUCCAACCUUCUCAACUCGGAUACUGACAGCACUUCUAAUAGCACAAAAAUGGAGAUCAAGACGGAGCAACCUCCGGCUACUGGUGGUUCCGAGGUAUCUCUUUUAGAGGAAGGCUCGGCUACUACAGAGGAGAUGGAUGCGCUCACAGCGUAUUACGCACAGCUCAGAAAGAGACAAGCCGAAGAAGAAGAAGAAGAGGAAGAUGAGGACGAAGAUGAAGAUAUCGACGAAGAUGAAUUUGAAGCUUUUGAAACUGACGAUGAGGCAGACGGGCCAGCAGAAAAGGAUAAUACGAUGGACAAGAUUACUGGUGAGAAUACUGAAAAGGUUACGAACGAGAAGAUAGAAACAAAAAAGGAGAGCGCGGAUUCAUCUGAUCUGGAUGAAGACGAGAUCGAUGAUGCCAUUUUUGAUGAAUUGAACGAGUGA